CCACAGUUUUCCCCCAAAACAACUCAACCAAAACACUUCCAAACAGCAUGUCAAGGAAUUGAAUUUGUGGAUUUUGAGGUUUCCCCGUUUCGUUUACUUGCCAAUUUUUGCUAUUUUUUAUCACAAGUUCUCAGAAUUCUCUGUUCCUACCAGUACUGAAAUCUAGGGUUUUUUUUAUUUAAUUUUUUUCUGCUAUUUAAUCAGAACCCGUCAGCCCCUUUCUCAUCACUUACUGGCUGAGUCUCUGCCUUUGAAAGCAGAGACCCAAAAUCAGGUGUUCGCCAGUCUGCACGGGAACUAAGCUCAAUGGGUCGAUCUCGUGGAGUUUUCAGUCCCCUGGAGGACCCCACCCAAAGAUCAAGGAGGAAAAAGAAUGCUUCAAGUGGAGAAAAUUUAGACUCUGCAGCUGCAGGUCAAGGAUCAAGCGAAGGGAAAAAGGCUUUAUACCAUUGUAACUAUUGCAAUAAGGACAUUACUGGGAAGAUUCGUAUCAAGUGUGCUGUCUGUCCUGAUUUUGACCUAUGCAUAGAGUGCUUCUCUGUAGGAGCCGAGGUGACAUCUCACAAAAGUAAUCACCCUUACAGGGUCAUGGACAAUCUAUCUUUUCCACUUAUUUGUCCCGAUUGGAAUGCAGAUGAUGAGAUUUUGCUCUUAGAGGGAAUUGAAAUGUAUGGCUUGGGGAACUGGACAGAAGUUGCUGAGCAUGUUGGGACAAAGACUAAAGAGCCCUGCAUUGAACACUAUGCGAAUGUCUACAUGAACUCCCCAUACUUUCCCCUUCCGGACCUGUCUCAUGUUGUUGGAAAAAAUAGAAAGGAGCUUCUUGCGAUGGCUAAAGGUCAUAGUGAUGACAAGAAAGGGUUUUCUUUGCUAGGGGAGCUUACUUUGAAGGAAGAAUCUCCAUUUUCCCCUUCAAGAGUCAAAGUUGAAGAUACACACAAGGGCGGUCCCUCAGGCCGUUUACUAUCUGUCUUAAAUGCUGAUGUAGAUUCUACGGUCCGUUCUAGUGGAACAAAUGUGGCUGCAACGGCUACUGUUAAGAAGGCAUCCAACAUGGCUCAAGUCAAGGAUGGUCCUAAUGUUGUUAAAGUGGAAGAUCCUCAAAUAGACAGGAAUUUUGGAGGGAAGAAACCCAAUUCUGGAGCGGAGGGUUCUUCAUUGGUUGAGUUGAGUGGUUAUAACUCCAAAAGACAUGAGUUUGAUCCUGAAUAUGAUAAUGAUGCUGAGCAGUUGCUAGCUGAGAUGGAAUUCAAGGAACCUGACACUGAAGAUGAGCGUGAACUGAAGUUGCGAGUGCUACGUAUUUACGCAAAGAGGCUCGAUGAGAGGAAACGGAGGAAGGAUUUUAUUCUAGAAAGAAAUCUGCUUCAUCCCAAUCCGUUUGAGAAGGAUUUGUCACCUGAGGAGAAGGAGUUAUGUCAGCGGUAUGACAUCUUCAUGCGUUUUCAUUCCAAGGAAGAGCAUGAAGACUUGCUCAAGACUAUUAUUUCUGAGCAUCGAACUCUCAAGAGAAUUCAAGAGCUUAAGGAAGCUCGGGCUGCUGGCUGUCGCACUUCAGCUGAGGCAGACAGAUACCUUGAACAGAAAAGAAGGAGGGAAGCAGAAGAACAUGCUCGUCGAGUAAAGGAAAGUGCUCAAGGUGGUACAAGCGGUCAGGGAGCUCAAAACGUGUUCAUGGCUUCAGAGUCUGUAGGCAAGGAUGCAAACUCAAGAACUGCAGGGCAGGCUACUUCGAGCUCUGUUAAUGAUUUUGAUGUAAUGGGGUGCCCUGAGGCAGAGCUACUGUCUGAAACUGAGAAACGCCUGUGCAGCGAGAUUAGGCUAGCUCCAGCUCACUACCUUAAGAUGCAGGAGACUUUAUCAGUAGAAAUCUUCCAAGGCAAUGUCACUAAGAAGUCUGAUGCUCAUCGGCUCUUCAAGAUUGAACCCAGCAAAGUUGAUCGGGUCUAUGAUAUGCUUGCCAAGAAGGGGAUUGCUCAACUCUAAGAAGGGGAUUACACAACUUUUAAGGACUCUUUGACUUGUAUAAUUUAGUUCUUCAUGUUGUUAUUGGCCGAAAGAUAUUAAUUUAUUUCCUUCAUUUUCAUUUUGUAUUUGAAAAAUGAAGGAACACUAGAACUUUUGUUGCUUGUAAAUGAUUAAAGGUGAGAUCAGUAUCCAAGAGAACAUCCAGAAUGGUGAAUUGACUUAAUUUUAUGAGAGAUGACAUCCACCAUUGGCACUA